GACAUUGAGAGAAACAAUCAAUCAAUGGGACCUCUUGAAACUGAGAAGCUUUUGUAGAGCAAAGGAUACGGUCAACAAGGCAAAGCGACAGCCUACAGAAUGAGAAAAGAUCUUCACCAACCCCAUAUCUGACAGAGGACUGAUAUCCAGAAUAUACUUUUUACUCUUAUUCUGUGGCUGCCUGUGUGGUUAAGUGGCUGGACCCUCUUUUCUUGCUCUUUGAUCUUGCUCCUUUACUCUCAUGCUAUUUAUUUUCUCUGCCUGCCAGCCCUGCCUAUCCUUUCUCCUGUCUUGCUAUAGUAUUGUAUGGUGUGUCUGGACUGUAGGUUUUUGUCCAUGGCAAGCAUAUGCUGUUGUACUGAGCUUCAGUCAUAUCUGUAAUUUUAAAAUUUGGCAGCAGGUAUCAUUCUCUUUCCCAGGAUGGCAUGUAUUCAUGACAUUAAUAUUGCCUGAGCCUUAUCAGUCAUUGAAUUGCAAGUACAUCACCUUCUUCCUGCCUAUUAUGUUUUGAAACUGUUAUUGAAAAUGUAUAUUUUACCUGUAUGCAUGGAUAUGCACCACAUGGGUAUUGUGUUCUUACAGUGAUCAAAAGAUGGUCUCCAAAACACUGAACUUGGAAUAAUGGAGAGUUGGAUCCCCCAAAAUGCAGUGACCUAUAAUGAUGUACAUGUCGACUUCACUUGGGAAGAGUGGGCUUUGCUGGAUCCUUCCCAGAAGAAUCUCUACAAAGAUGUGAUGCUGGAAACCUACAGGAACCUCAUUACCAUAGGAUACAGUUGGGAAGACCAUAAUAUUGAAGAACAUUUUCAGAGUUCUAGAAGACAUGAACGGCAUGAAAGAAGUGAUAAUGAAGAGAAUCCUUCUGUAUAUACUCAGUGUGUUAAAGCCUUUGCAUAUGACAGUCAUAUUCAAAGGUAUGAAAGAACACGUACUAGAGAGAAACACUAUGAAUGUAAUCAGUGUGGUAAAGCCUUUGCACAUCACAGUAAUCUUCAAAGCCAUACAAGAACACAUACUGGAGAGAAACCUUAUGAGUGUAUUCAAUGUGGUAAAGCCUUUGCACAACAAAGAUAUCUUCAACGUCAUACAAGAACACAUACGGGAGAGAAACCCUAUGAAUGUAUUGAAUGUGGUAAAGCCUUUGCAAGUCAUAGUGUUCUUCGAAAGCAUAAAAGAACACAUACUGGAGAGAAACCCUAUAAAUGUAAUCAGUGUGGUAAAGCCUUUACACAACAGGGUAAUCUUCAAAUUCAUAAAAGAACACAUACUGGAGAGAAACCCUAUGAAUGCCGUCAGUGUGGUAAAGCCUUUACACAACAGGGUAAUCUUCAAACUCAUAAAAGAACACAUACUGGAGAGAAACCCUAAAAAAAUGUAAUCAGUGUGGUGAACCCUUUGCAUACAUCAGUAAUCUUCAAAAUCAUGAAAAAAAGUCAUGCUGCAGAGAAACUAAAAAUAUAGACAAUGUGGUAAUGUUUUGCACUUUAUGCAGUAGUAAAACUUUGUGUGCAAUCAAUAUGCUAAAGGCUUUGCAUAUUACAAUAGUUUUUGAGUACCUUUUAAAAUACACAGGGAUUAUUAUUAUAAAAUAUUUGGUAAGAUCUUUAUCUAACACACUUGCAUUCAGUUACACAAGAGUAUUUAUUCUAUAGAAAAAAUUUGACAAUGUUAGCCUUCUAAGGGCUUUAUGAUGUCCUUUUUUUUAUAUUGCUUUCCCCUGAAAACUGAUGGAAGAAAUCAAUUUAAGAAUUUAUGAAGCCCUAUGUGUUGGGUAAAGGGGCCAGCCAAAGAACAUAUGGGAGCCUGAAAGCAGAGCCAGUGAAAAACAUACACUUUGGCCUGAACCCAGAGCCAAAGAAACACACUGUAUCCCUGACCAAAUGAGCACAAAACAAGUAAAUCCCUGAGCAGGAAAAUCAACCAAUCCCUGACCACAAAACUAACCAAUCACUAAACAAUAAUUUCAGCCAAUCUCUGAGCUUGGUUGAUCUCUGGGAUUGAAAUCUGAUCAAUUACCACCCUUAGAAUCUUCUCUCUGUAAAAAUUCAGCCCCUAAGAAAGCUCAUAUUUGCCCUGUGCCCGUUCAGUUGGCAGCUGCCCUUUUCUACUCUGCCAGAGGCAGCCACUCUCCUGGAUUCCUCCCUCCUAAAUAGUUUUGGCUGAAGACCUUUCACCAGAGCAGAGCAGUAUUUCUGCUGGGAAUCUCCCUAAUGGAACAGAGCAGAGAAGCAAUGGGCAUCUCUGAUGAGAAACUCCUAGUGUAGUGGAACAGUGAAACAAGGGACACUUCUUCUGGGAAACUAGAUUAGGGGAGCAGAGCAGACAUGGCAACUUUUCACCAGAGCCAGAGCAGACUGCUACAUUUCUGCAAGAGUUCCCCAUUAGUUGAGUGAGGCAGAGAAGUAACAAUUGGUCCAGGGCUGAGAAGAAAUGGAAAACUCUGCUGGGAAACUCCCUUAGGGGAGUGGAUCAGAGCAGCAAUUGGUAUUUCCCCUUGGCAUCUCUCUUAGCAGAGUGAAGCAGAGCCAAGAGUAAUGGAUCUCUCUCAGAGAACAGCAGUAUUAGCAUGUCCUGGAGGGAGACCAUUCCCCCACCAGAACACAGCUUCUGGUAUAGCCUGACUUCCCACCAAUCAGUAUUCCUUUCUCCUCACAGCUGUACCUACCUUCCCUUCACAGCUGUAGGUAUAGCCUGAUUUGUGACAUUCAGGGUACCUUUGUCUUCAGAGCUUUAGGUAUCCAGGAUAUCUUCUCUCUACAGCUUCAGGUAUAGCCUGACUUCCCAACAGCCAGGAUACCUUUCUCCACACAGUUGUAGAUAUCCAGGAUUCCUUUUGUUCACAGCUGUGGGUAUAGCCUGACUUCUUAACAGUCAGGAUAUUUUUCCUCACAGCUGCAGAUAUCCAGGGUACUUUCCUUUCACAGCUGUAGGUACAGCCAGACUUCCAACAGUCAUGGUACCUUUCUCUCCAGAGCUGGAACUCUUGUACUAUAAAUUUAAAUGUUAAUGUAACUCUUUUAGAUUUUAUACUUCCUUUAAUUACAUGAAAUAAUUAAUGCAGGACUAAAACUAUGAAUUGGUAUAAGUUCCUUUUCUGUUAUUGUGAUAUAAUAUCUAUGUCAACUUAUAAAACAGUUAAAUUUGACUCUUGGUUCCAGAGGGAUACCAAUUGGCAUGGCAACAAAUGCCAGACAUAGCAGCUAAAGCAGGAGGCUAAGAAUUUACAUCCUUAACCUGCAGCAUGAAGUAGAGAGUGGGAACUGGAAAUGGUGUAUGAUGCAAAUUCUCAAAGUCUACCCUUACUGACAUAUUUCCCCCAGCAGGGCAGCAUUUCCUAAAUCUUCCCAAAUGAUACCACCACCAACUUAGAAGGGUUGAUUUCUCUGACGUCAAGUCUACAUGUUUGUUUUCUGUUACAUGAUCCAAUUCAUGAUUAAGAAAAAACUCUGUAAGUAAACUGUUAGAUACCUCAACACCUGUGUUAUAGGAAUAAAUGCUUAGAAGAGAAAAACUUUUAUCAGUGAAAAAUUGUUUAAAGAGUUGUUUUAAUUUUAAUUUUGUGCUAUGAUGUGUGUUUUUGUAUGUAUGUGCAUACUGGUUCCUGAGAAUGUUUAGACCCUUGGAUCUCUUUUAGGAUGAAUUACAGGAAGUUGUCAAAAAUUAGUACUUUGUCCCGUGAAUGAACUUUCUUAACUGUCCAGCCAUGUCUCUAGCCCUGUAAAUAUUUUAAAGCCUAUUUAUAUAAUUUUGAAAUCAGGAAAUAGGGACAAACUUAUACAAGAGAAAAACCCUAUUCAUGUGAACCAUUUGGUAAAAACUUUAGACAUCAAAUUUGUCUUAAGAUUAGGGAAAAUUUGUUUUAUUUCUUUUUCAUUGUAUCCUUAAAGGUAGUAAAUUACUUACCUUGUCCACUGAAACUGAUGGUGGUGAUCCCUGCAUUGUAGUUUCUAGUUUGAAACAUUUGAGGUAGAUACUAAAGUGAGCUAUAUGUGUGGCAAAUCCAUUUAGUGAAGUUUAUUUUGUGGUCCUUAUAUUUCUUCCUUGGCUUUUGUUGAUCUUCUAUUGUGUUUUUAUUUAGUGACAGGUAUUUUUCUGCUAUGAUGUAUAGAACAGGAUCCCCAUCAUCUAAAUGUUCCAUUGUUUAUUUAAAUAUCACACAGUGUGUGAUCAUAUUUUUUAAGUAACAGUAUCUGUGAAAGGAUGGUGGGUUGUUGUUCCUGAUUUUGUUUUUCAUAUUUUCACAACUUCCCUUGAGAUUUUGUUGUUUCUUAUUCAGCCUGGCUUGGAUAUCAGUAAUGAUUCAAGGAUAAAUUUGAACUCAUGAUCCUCAUGUGUCCACCUCCUAAGUACAAGUCCAAGAGUAGAUGAUGUACUCCCAAUAUUGCUGUUUUGUCAACAUUAUUGAACAAUGUUAAUGUUAAAGUGUUCAAUAGAAGAGAAUAUAAUAAACAUUAAACACCUCAUGUGUGUAUUCAAAGCAGUAAUUUCAUAGUUCUGAUAGUGAUGUAAUAAAGUAGGAUAGCUGGGCAGUGGUGGUGCACGCCUUCAAUCCCAGCACUUGGGAGGCAGAGGCAGGUGGAUCUCUGUGAGUUUGAGGCCAGCCUGGUCUACAGAGUGAGAUCUAGGACA